GGUAAGAUGGCGGCGCCAGAGGAGCAGGAAUUAUCUCAGGCGCAGACCGAGAAACUCCUUCAGUUUCAGGACCUGACAGGCUUGGAGUCAAUGGACCAAUGUCGGCGCACGUUAGAACAACACAAUUGGAACAUUGAGGCAGCAGUACAAGAUAGACUAAAUGAACAGGAAGGAGUUCCUAGUGUUUUUAACCCGCCACCCUCCAGACCUUUACAGGUCAAUACAGCAGACCACAGAGUGUAUAGCUAUAUUGUCUCAAGGCCACAGCCAAGAGGCUUGUUAGGUUGGAGUUACUACUUGAUAAUGCUCCCCUUCAGGUUUACAUAUUACACACUUUUGGACAUCUUCAGGUUUGCUCUGCGGUUCAUUCGGCCAGACCCCAGAGGUCGUGUCACAGAUCCAGUUGGAGACGUGGUGUCCUUUAUUCAUAGUUUUGAGGAGAAGUAUGGCCGAUCACAUCCUGUUUUCUACCAAGGGACUUAUAGUCAGGCGCUGAAUGAUGCCAAACGGGAGCUGCGUUACUUGUUAGUUUACCUACAUGGAGACGAUCACCAGGACACAGAUGAAUUUUGCCGAAACACGUUAUGUACAGAAGAGGUUGUGAACUUCAUCAAUACAAGAAUGCUCUUCUGGGCGUGUACCACCAGCAAACCAGAGGGAUACCGAGUGUCUCAAGCUUUGCGGGAGAACACAUAUCCCUUCUUGGCCAUGAUUAUGCUGAAGGACCGGAGAAUGACCGUGGUUGGUAGGCUGGAAGGACUGAUCCAACCAGAAGACCUAAUCAACCAGCUCACUUUCAUCAUGGAGGCCAACCAGACAUAUCUGAUGUCAGAGAGGCUAGAGAGGGAGGAGAGGAACCAGACCCAAGUGCUGAGACAGCAGCAGGAUGAGGCCUACGAAGCUUCUCUCCGAGCAGACCAGGAGAAGGACAGGAAGAAGAGAGAGGAGCAGGAACAGAAACGCCAAGAGGAGGAGAAGGCUCGUCAGAGCAUAUUAGCUGAGGAAAGAAGGCGAAGGACACUUGAGGAGGAGAAGGAGCGCAAGUCUGAAUGUCUUCCUCCAGAACCAGCCAUCAAUGACCCAGACAGUGUCAAAAUAGUGUUCAAACUGCCCAACGACACACGAGUCGAGCGGAGGUUCCUGUUUGGGCAGUCUCUAACGGUAAUAUAUGACUUCCUGUUUUCCUUGAAAGAAACUCCAGAGAAAUUCCAAAUAGUAACAAACUUCCCUCGCCGGGUCCUGCCUUGCCUGCCCACCGAAGAGCAGCCCAACCCUCCCACGUUGAAGGAAGCAGGUCUCAGUCGCUCUGAGGUUCUAUUUGUGCAGGACCUGACAGACGAUUGACCUUCAGCUGACCUCAUCCUCUCGCAGCGUUUUCUUUCCUUUUUGUUUUGUUAAACAGCCAUCGUGCACAAGGGAUCACUGAAAUAAACCUAUGUUGGAAAGAAUUUAGCCCACGUCCCCUCCAGUAAGGUUCGGUAAUAUCAGAUGAGUGCAAGGUGAACGACUAUGUAAAUACAUUACCUAGAUAUUUAAAAAAAAAAAAAAAGACAACAAACAAGCCUGAAAUUCACUUUACAAAUGUAAAUCAAAGUUGACCUUAUAAUGCAUUUGUCAUCUAAUGACCAAAUGAAAGUUGGUGGUGAAGUAUCAGAUGGGGUGUCGGCAGUUGCUGAGACAGAUGAAAAAGGCCACAGUGUUGAGUUGUGGCCUUGUCUAUAUAGAAUAGUACAAGUCUGCCCAUAGUGUGCCUGUGGUAAUUCAUAGAUGCCUGUUUCGCCCAUGUACCAUCUGAAUGGGCUGGUCAUGUAAAGAUGUAAUUUUCCAAUUCUAAAUUAAACAUUUUAAAAUGUUGUGGUGGUUUGAUUUUGAGAAUAUUCUUGUUCAAGCAUUUGGUAACCUUUGCAUUGCAGCCUGCUGCUGGACACUGCUAACCUUGAAGCCAUGUCAGUUUUAAUAUUUUUGUAGGUAUGUGGAAAAAAA